AAUAAUUAAAUAACUUAGUAUUUAAUAUUUAUCUAUCUCGUUCGUUUAUUUAAAACUAUAAUUUCAAGAUAGAUUAAUUUUAAAUCUUUUACAUUUACAAACAAAUCGGCAUCUGAUAUACCUAAAUUACAAGGGUUUUCUGACAACUAAUUUCACAAAGUAACCAUCUAUAAGUUCAUUGCGUAUUGCACCGUGCUACACUAUGUCGCGCAACGAUGAUAAAGUCAACAGCGACGAUAAUUCAGUUGCUGUUAAUGCAGUUUCAAACUCUGGUAACGACAGCACGAUGAAUAAAUCAAACACAAAAUUAGCUGAUACGGCGAAAAGUACUUCCAACUAUUGGGUAAACAAUUCAAAAAUGUACGAAACUCAUGAAAUCCGAAAAAAUAUGGUAUCAAAAGCAACAGAAUUUUUGAUAGAUGAAAUUGUACAAAAAAUGCCUGUUGAAAAAAAAGUUAACUUCCUACGUAAAAAAGGAUUAACUGACUAUGAGAUACAAACAUCAAUUCAGAGAGCAGCAGCGAUAUGUAAUGAUAAUCAAAAUAAACAAAAUGUUGGAAUUUCUGUACCACCUCUUCAUUACAAUUCAUCAAAUGCUCCUGGUGUUAUACAAACUUCAUUUGAAUCACAGAGCUGGUAUAGUCGUCUUUUUGGACCAAUAGCUUUUGCUGCUGCUGUUGUAUACAUUGGUUAUAAGUUGUAUAAAAAAUAUAUAGAAAACUGGCUUUUUGGAGCUCAAAAAUCUCCAUUAGAAAAUCGUUUGGAUGCCUUAGAGUUGUCGAUCGAAAGGUGCAUAACAAUGUUAGAAGAAAAAAAUAAUUCAUACUUAUUAUCAAAUACAUGUUUAGAAAAGCAAAAUGAAUUUAAUAGUAAAGUUCGUGCUGAACUUAAGUCUAUUAAAAGUUUACUUCUCAAUAGAUUCCAAUUUCCUCCAGCCCCUGCAUCUUCUUUUAUACCAGAAUGGCAGCGAUUAAAAAAUACCAAACCAAAAAUAGAAGAACAAAACAAAGUCAAUAGCAAUGGUAUACCAAACUCAUUACAAACGAGUGAAAUUAAUUUAUGUAAUGAGACUCAAAAAGUCUUAAGUCCUGAAGUUGGUUCUCAAUCAAAUGGUCUUAUUGAUGAUGUUAACAAUAAAGAUUACAUUAAAAUUAAUUCUACAACUGACGAAACAUCACCAACAAGUUCAAACCAAAGUUUAAUCAAAAGUAAUGAUGUAAAUAAUAAAAAUGAUACUUAACACAUUGAGAAUAAUGAAGGUAUAAAUCGAUGAUGAGAAAUGUAUGAAUGUGAAGAAUAUAUUUUUGAACUAAUUUUCAACCUUUGAGUAUGAACAUAGUUAUAGAUCAAGUAAUUACAUUUUUUUAUUUAAUUUAUAUUAGUUGGGUUUCUUUGGUUAUGUGUAUUUGAAAAGUAAAUACAAAUUAGUGUUCUUUAUAGUUUUUUUUUUUUGUGAUUGAAAUUCUGAAUUUAG